AUGCAGGGCCCCAGUCGUGUUUAUCUCUUCGGAGAUCAGACUGCUGAUUUUGACUCGGGUCUUCGUCGCCUGCUACAAGCCAAGAAUGACUCUGUCGUCACUGGCUUCUUCCAAAAGUGCUAUCAUGCUUUACGCACGGAGGUUAGCAAGCUGCCGCCAUCCGAGCGGCAGAUGCUCCCGCGUUUCACAAGCAUAGUAGAUCUUCUGGCAAGAUAUCGCGAGCAUGGUCCCAAUGCUGCAUUGGAAAGCACAUUGACGACUAUCUACCAGCUGGGAUCUUUUGUCCAUUACUAUGGAGAUCUUGGUCAUGCGUAUCCUUCUGGAUCCGACAGCUUCAUUGUCGGUCUUUGCACAGGUGAGCUGGCCUCUGCAGCUGUGAGCUCCUCCAAGACUGUUGGAGAGCUUAUCGCCGCCGGUGUGGAGACUGUUGUUCUGGCUCUUCGACUUGGAAUGUGCGUUUUCAAGGUGAAGGAGCUGGUAGAGUCGAGUCAGCCAGCAGCGGCCAGUUGGUCUGUGUUGCUAUCAGGAAUUCGAGAGCACGAGGCUCAAGACUUGAUUCAGAAGUUUGGGGACAUGAAUGUGAUUCCCCGUGUUUCUCGGCCUUAUGUCAGCGCUGUUAGUCAAAAUGGGGUGACAAUCAGUGGCCCUCCCACUGCCUUGGAUCGAUUCAUUGAAAAGUCGGUUUCAAAGGAGAACAAGCCUAUGAGGGCCCCUAUUCAUGGCCCAUACCAUGCGUCUCAUUUGUACGACGACAAAGACAUCGACCGGAUCAUGCAAUCCUGGCCGACAGAGGAGUUUUCAAACUUUGUCCCUCAGAUCCCUAUUAUCUCAAGCGAGACAGGUGAAGCCGUUGAAGCCGAGAACCUUGAAUCCUUGUUGAGAUUUUCUCUUGAAGAAAUUCUUCUUCGACAGCUUUGCUGGGAUAAAGUAGUCGAUUCAUGCUCCUCAAUUCUGAAGAUGAACAAUGGAAAAUGCACCCUUUUGCCAGUAUCAAGCACGGCAACACAAAGCCUUCACUCAGCGCUCAAGAAAUCCGGAGUUUCCGACAUUGAGCUUGACACUGCGAUUGGCGAUGUCAAGAAGGACCCGACCGGCGACAACCACAGUGGUCGCUCAGAGCAGUCCAAGAUUGCCAUCAUUGGUCUCUCUGGACGUUUCCCAGAGGCGCCAGAUACCGAAGCUUUGUGGGACCUUCUAUACAAAGGACUCGAUGUCCACCGUGAAGUCCCAGCAGACCGUUGGGAUGUCAAAGCUCACGUGGAUAUGGAUGGAAGUCGACGAAACACUAGCAAAGUGCAAUAUGGAUGCUGGAUCAACGAGCCAGGUCACUUUGAUCCUCGAUUCUUCAACAUGUCUCCCCGUGAGGCGUUGCAGGCGGACCCCGCACAGCGACUAGCUUUGCUUACCGCGUAUGAGGCUUUCGAAAUGGCCGGUUUCAUUCCAGACAGCACCCCAUCGACCCAGAAGAACAGAGUUGGUGUUUUCUAUGGCAUGACCAGUGACGAUUACCGUGAGAUCAACAGUGGUCAAGACAUUGACACUUAUUUCAUUCCCGGCGGUAACCGUGCUUUCACUCCCGGUCGCAUUAACUACUAUUUCAAGUUUAGCGGUCCAAGUGUUAGCGUCGAUACGGCCUGUUCCUCCAGUCUGGCCGCGAUCCACGUCGCAUGCAAUUCUCUCUGGAAAAAUGAUUGCGACUCUGCUGUGGCAGGUGGUGUCAACGUUUUGACCAACCCUGACAACCACGCUGGUCUUGACCGUGGCCAUUUCCUCUCACGCGGUGGAAACUGCAACACCUUCGACGAUGGCGCCGAUGGUUACUGCCGCGCUGAUGGUAUCGGCUCAGUUGUUUUGAAGAGACUUGAGGAUGCUCAAGCAGACAAUGAUCCGAUUUAUGGUAUCAUCAAUGGAGCGUACACGAAUCACUCCGCUGAGUCUGUUUCCAUUACUCGCCCCCUUGCUGGCGCCCAGGCUUUCAUCUUCGACAAGUUGCUCAAUGAGGCCGAUGUCAGCCCUAAGGAUGUUAGCUACAUUGAGAUGCACGGAACUGGUACUCAAGCCGGUGAUGCUGUGGAAAUGCAAUCUGUCCUUGAUGUAUUUGCCCCUGACUAUCGCCGUGGUCCAUCUCAGUCGCUUCAUCUUGGUUCUGCAAAGUCAAACAUUGGUCAUGGAGAAUCGGCCUCUGGUGUCUCUGCUUUGAUCAAGGUUUUGGUCAUGAUGCAGAAGAAUAUGAUUCCCCCUCAUUGUGGAAUCAAAACCAAAAUCAACCACAACUUCCCAACUGACUUGAAGCAACGCAAUGUUCACAUUGCUAUGGAACCUACUCGAUGGGAUCGUCCUGCCGGUGGAAAGCGGUCCAGCUUUGUCAACAACUUCUCCGCUGCCGGUGGAAACACCGCUUUAUUGGUGCAAGAUGCUCCUAUCAAUGAGCGCACCGGCAAAGACCCGCGAUCUGUGCACACAGUGACCAUCUCGGCGAGAUCACAGUCUGCCCUCAAGAAUAACGCUGCUGCUUUGAUCCAAUACAUUGAUACGAACAAAAACCUUUUCAAUGUGAAUGAGUCUAAACUACUUGGUGAUCUCUCUUACACCACCACUGCCCGACGCAUUCAUCAUACUUUCCGGGUCAGCGCCACUGGAUCUACCCUGGAGGAGAUUCGUGCCGGUUUGAACGCAAGUGCAACCCGCGAGAGUAUUACUCCUGUUCCUGCCACCGCACCAGGAGCUGGGUUCAUUUACACUGGCCAAGGGGCCCAGUACAGUGGCAUGGGAAGCCAGCUGUUUGAAAAUAACUCCCAAUUCCGAACCCACAUUGAACAUCUGGAUCGCAUUGUACAAAGCUUUGACUUCCCCUCUAUCAUUCCUUUGGUAGACGGAAGCGUUCCUGUGGAGCAGCUCAGCCCCAUUGUGACUCAAUUGGGAACCACUUGCAUCCAGAUGGCAUUGACAAAGUUCUGGAUCUCUCUUGGUGUCAAGCCUGCAUUUGUCCUUGGACAUAGCCUGGGCGAGUAUGCCGCAUUGAAUGCUGCUGGUAUCUUAAGCACUAGUGAUACCAUCUACCUUGCCGGUCGCCGAGCACAGCUCCUGACCGAGAAGUGCCAGAUGGGAACACACGCCAUGUUGGCUGUGAAGUCUUCAGUCGCCCAGGUCAAGCAAUACUUGGAAGAUGGUGUCGCCGAGGUGGCCUGUAUCAACGCACCCAGCGAGACUGUCAUCAGUGGUUCCAACGAGAAGAUCGAUCAAUUUGCCGAAAAGCUGGCCAAUGAAGGUUUCAAGGCUACCAAGCUCAAGGUACCCUUUGCUUUCCACUCUGCUCAGGUUGAUCCAAUUCUUGAAAGUCUUGAAAGCAUUGCCAAGGGAGUGACCUUCAACGAGCCCAAGAUUCCCUUCGUCUCUGCUCUUCUUGGAGACGUCAUCAAGGAGGCCAACCCUGAUGUUCUUGGCCCUACAUAUCUGACUCGCCACUGCCGUGAAUCUGUCAACUUCCUCGCUGCUCUGGAGGCUGUCCGCCACGAGAAAUUGAUGACUGACAAGACCCUAUGGAUUGAGAUUGGAUCUCACCCUGUGUGCUCUGGGAUGGUGAAGUCAACAUUUGGACCUCAAGUCCUUACAGUAGCAUCUCUCCGUCGCCAGGAGGAUGUAUGGAAGGUGCUCUCUACAAGCAUCUCUGCCCUCUACAUGGCUGGAAUUGAUAUCCGCUGGAAGGAAUAUCACCAGGACUUCAGCUCCACACAUGAAGUGCUUAACCUUCCUGCCUACAAGUGGGAUCUGAAGAACUAUUGGAUUCCCUACACCAACAAUUUCUGUCUCCUGAAGGGUGCCCCUGCAACCUCCAACGCUGAAGUCGCUCCUGUUACAACUUUCCUGACCUCGUCAGCGCAAAAGAUCCUGGAGACUAGUGGAGACAGCAACACGGCCACUGUGACCAUCGAAAACGAUAUUGCUGAUCCUGAUCUGAACCGUGUCAUCCAGGGCCACAAGGUCAAUGGAGCCGCUCUUUGCCCAUCUUCACUCUAUGCCGAUAUUGCCCAAACAUUGGGUGAGUUCCUGGUCGAGAAGUACAAGCCCGAGUUCAAGGAGCGUGGCUACGACGUUUGCGAAGUUGUCGUGCCAAAGCCCCUCAUUGCAAAGGGUGGUAAGCAACUGUUCCGAGUUUCAGCAACUACCAACUGGGCCGAGGAGAAGGCUCAAGUAAAGGUCUGGUCUGUUACCUCCGAAGGUAAGAAGAUCCUUGAUCAUGCUACAUGCACGAUCAAGUUCUUCGACACCCGAAUGGCCGCAGAGGAAUGGAAGCGCUCCACAUACUUGAUCAAGCGAAGCAUUCAACAUCUUCAGCAAAGCACAGAGUCGGGUGGAGCUCAUCGCAUGAAGCGUGGAAUGGUUUACAAGUUGUUCAGUGCUCUUGUGGACUACGAUGAGAACUACAAGUCCAUCCAAGAAGUCAUCUUGGAUAGCGAACAGCAUGAAGCAACUGCACUGGUCAAGUUUGCUGCUCCUCCUGGCAACUUCCACCGCAACCCAUUCUGGAUUGAUAGCAUUGGCCAUCUUUCCGGCUUCAUCAUGAAUGCCAGUGAUGGUAUUGACUCUAAGAACCAGGUGUUCGUCAACCACGGAUGGGACUCAAUGCGAUGCUUGAAGAAGUUUGACCCUAGUGUCACAUACCGUACUUACGUCCGGAUGCAACCUUGGAAGGACUCGAUCUACGCUGGUGAUGUGUACCUCUUUGAGGGAGAUGAAAUUGUUGCCGUCUAUGGUGGCGUCAAGUUCCAGGCUCUUUCAAGAAAGAUUUUGGACAUGGCACUUCCUCCUGCUGGCUCCAAGCCUGCUCCUGUUGCCGCCGCUCCUAAGGCCAGGCCCGCGCCUAUCGACAUCAAGAAAACCCGCGCCCCUCAAGUCAAGAAAGCUUCACCUUCCCCCAAGUCUGCUGGCUCUGGCAUUUCUACAAAGGCCCUGAAUAUCCUGGCCGAAGAAGUUGGUCUUUCUGCCUCUGAUAUGACAGACGACCUUAACUUUGCAGACUACGGAGUUGACUCCUUGCUUUCGUUGACAGUGACUGGACGUUACCGAGAGGAAAUGAGCCUUGACUUUGACUCCAAUAUCUUCAUUGAUCAGCCUACAAUCAAGGACUUCAAGCAAUUCCUGGCCUCAAUGAGCCCCGAGAGCAGCAGCGAUGCUUCCGCCAGUGAUAACGACAUCUCAUCCGCGGCAUCAUCAACCGACAUCUCGACUCCUAACUCCAGUGGACUUCCUACUCCUGCCAACGAGAAGACCAUGAUUCUCGAGGCUGUGCAAAAUGAUACCAUGAAGCAAAUCUGCGAGAUUCUUGCAGAGGAGAUCGGUGUCGAACCUGAAGAGCUCCAAGGAGACGUCAACCUCGCAGAAAUGGGUCUUGACUCUUUGAUGUCACUCACCGUUCUGGGCAAGAUCCGCGAGACUUUGGAUCUCGAGCUAUCUGGCGAGUUCUUCAUUGAAAACCAAACUGUCAACGAGGUCGAAAUCGCUCUUGACUUGAAGCCCAAGGCCGCUCCUCCUACUGAGCCCAUUCAAUUGCCAAAGCAGAUCCCAAUGGAGGCGUCCAAGGUUCUUUCGAGCACGGCAAUCCAACAUCCCCCAGCAACUUCCAUCCUCCUACAAGGAAACCCCAAGACGGCCACCCAGAAGCUCUUCCUGUUCCCCGACGGCUCUGGAUCCGCUACUUCAUACGCCACAAUCCCAGGCAUCUCACCCGAUGUCUGCGUGUACGGACUUAACUGCCCCUACAUGCGCAACCCGGAGAACCUGAACUUCAGUUUAGACGAGCUUACAUUCCCUUAUGUCGCUGAGAUUCGUCGCCGCCAACCAACAGGUCCCUACAACUUUGGCGGUUGGUCCGCAGGUGGUAUCUGCGCCUACGACGCAGCCCGCCACCUGAUCUUCGACCAGGGUGAGCGUGUCGAUCGCCUGCUCCUCCUAGACUCGCCGUUCCCCAUCGGUCUUGAGAAGCUCCCCCGUCGUCUGUACAAGUUCUUUGAUACAAUUGGUCUAUUCGGCGAGGGCAAGGCGCCCCCGCCCAAGUGGUUGCUUCCCCAUUUCCUGGCCUUCAUUGACUCUCUGGAUGCAUACAAGGCCGUUCCUUUCCCUUUCAAUGAUGAGAAACUUGCAGACAAGCUUCCCAAGACUUUCAUGGUCUGGGCCAAGGAUGGUGUUUGUAAUCAGCCUACUGAUCCUCGCCCUGCACCUGCCGAGGAUGGGAGCCCUGACCCCAGGGAGAUGCUGUGGCUGUUGAACAACCGCACUGACCUUGGUGCCAAUGGAUGGGAUACCCUUGUUGGUCCUAAGAAUGUUGGCGGUAUUACCGUCAUGGAGGGCGCUAAUCACUUCACAAUGACCCGUGGUGAGAAGUCCAAGGAGCUGGCAGCGUUCAUUGCUGGAGCUAUGCAUUCUUCUUGA